AUGACGACACAGGAAGUCGGUCAGACGAUCGCUGCCGUGCCUGGCGAGGCCAGUCAUGUUCAGCUACUGAGAGACGUCUCAGCUGUCACGGAAAAACAGAGGGCGAUGAGUUCCGUCGCUGCGCCGAGGGCUGCCUACUCCACCCUUAUUCUCGGAGGAGAUCUGGCCUUCAAGGAGGGGGCUAACGAGCCGCCACAUGGGUUUCCCAAACGGCCUCGGCGUCUAACUGGGGACUUCCAGUCCGGUUUUCCUCGGAGGCCUUCAGCCACACAAGGGCACUUGGCAGCCUCCUUCAUGUUCGGAUUCGCGGCGGCCGAUGGAUCAGGUCCCGCACUCUACACUGGCGGGCGUGCGGAUCAGUUCGGUGCGCCCAGAAAGUUGCGGUCUUCCCUCCAGACUUUUCUGCCCGCGGGAGGGCUUUCGCAAUCGAGACUGCCACCGUUGACUGUGGAGAAGACAGGUUCCCCUCUGACGGACAGUCUGUAUGUGUCUGGUCAGCUGCAGGUCAUGCCAGUUGCAAUUCCAAGUGUGACGGAAAACUUCCCAGAAACAAGCCUCGCUGAAGGGGGAGCUGCCAUUGAGCGAGCAAGGGAAGAUUUGCCAGAGCAGACGGCAAAGGACGGUAAGUUGAGGGCGCACGCACUCGGUUGCCCAAGCGUUAGUGUCCAUGCUAAGCGUAAAUUCACUACUUUUGUGCCAUUGUGUGGACUACUAUAUCAUAUACUGUAUAUACUAGGCUAGAAGUCGUAGACUGUGAGUGAAGUGAAGUCUGUAUCUCUGAGUCGAAUAAGUGAGAAAGAGAGAGAGAGGGGAAGGAGGAGCAUCAAAACGUAGACCGGCGGUGCAUAUUACUGGAAAACACCUCUUGAAUAGGCAAGGAAAUUCCGACUCAGAAAAUCGCCUUCCCACCCACAUCGUUUGGGCUUUCGAAUGCUCGUUACUGCCAAUCGUCCCACUAUUCUCAUUUAGGGGUGUGGAGGCAACGAUCCUCCCUCACGCCGUGAGUAUAUACAACACAUAAGUGCUACUAAAAUAGUAUUAGUACAGUGUUUUCAUAAUAUUUUUCUGUGACGCAUGAUAAGGCGACUGCGCGGAUAAACCAAGUCUUCAGGUCAGUCGGAGAUAAGCUAGCGGAGUGAAGUGGAAAAAAAACAGAGUAAGUAUUGCAUUAGUACGCACCUCGGUGCAUCAAAGCGGAAAAGUGGCCCAAUAUGUUUUAGGGCUACAGAAAUCGGCAACUGCAAUUCAAGCGUUUCCUCCAGCUCUUUACUGAGGGUAGGGUUUAUUGGACGCUACUCAUCAGCCAUAAUGACAGCAAAUCCAGCAGAAUGUUCAGCGUAACGAAGAUUGGAGUGCUUCCCACCGGCUGUCUUGGUUAUCUACUCUUCGCCCGUAUAAGUAGCAACUGCUGAUUGAUGCCGCAAGCAGUACGCAUCAACCGACUUAUCCAACAGUUUGCGGGCAUUUUGCCACCUGUUAAUAAGAUAAGAAAAAAUGAAUCAGAGAUUUCGUGAUAUGAACUAGCCAGAAGUCAGCUUACUGUUUGAAUGUAUAACGAAAUAUUUUUACAAGGGGUGGUUAUUGUCCCUUAAAAUAACGGAUAAUAUCUGAGGUGGAGUUGUUGAAUGAGUCGGGGUUAGGACUCUGGUUAAGGAAAAAGCUGAUUUUGAAAAAGUCAUUUGCCUAAUUUGCCUUCAUUUUCACCCAUCAGACUUGGGAGCUCUUGGACAACGCAUCAGCACCUUUGAAAGGAGUCUCUCAGAAAAUACGAGGUUUCGCAGCUUGAGCAUAGAAUUAUCACUGACGGGGAAUCAACUGGAAAACUUAAAUGCCUCGUAUUUUGGUCAAACGACAACCGCAGUUUUCCCGCCACUAAAAGCAUCUGAGUCAGUGGAGGACGCCCUAUCCACCGAUGCUGCCCGGGAAAGACUCGCCUUUAUAAACAGACUCAAAAACCACCAUGUGAAUAUUAACCUCGAGAACUCAUCUAUACCAACUUGGAAAAUGGCACCAGGGGACUUUGAUGAUGCCGUUUCGGUCGUGUCGGAGCUGGGAGACAAAUGGCAACGGGUUGUCUUCCGUAUGUUCUUACCAGUCUUCAACAAUUUUACGUCUGUCUUUGCCGAUUAUAAGUCGGUUUCUCUGAAUACGGUGGACAAAUUUUUUCAAUUAUUUGCAAACAUAAGUGAUGACAUGCAGACUCAACGCACAUUAACGAGGGCCAAGACGUUCAAUUUACCACCCGAAAACAAAUGUAUCACUGUGACGGGAUCACUUACUGUAUACAUUUGCGGUAUGAUGUGAGACGUUAAAGACGUCGAUUGAGGUGUCUAAGUGUGUCCUCGAGUAUAAACUAUUGCUUAUGCAAGGUUGCAGUAAUGGCUGGCAUGGAAAACACCCUUGUGCGAAUUGGUUCAGAGCACGUUACACCUUGUAGCCUGAGAAAAUGUCUAGUUAAGGUACUAAUCGCUAUUCCUACUGUCAGAAGGAAGAUCCAGUUUGUUCUACUAAGGUCAUUAAAUAGUUUCACGCCCAUUUCAAUGAUGCAGUCCGUUUAUCUGCCCUGAUAAAAGUGGUUCAGUGGAGAGUCACAGUUCAGAAAUGUGGCCUUAUGUCGCUGUUACUGAUGACCAUAGUGACGAUAAAAAGGCUGACGAUGUUGAUGGUCACUUAUAUUAUUAUUAGUAUUUUUAUUUUUAUGACUUCUGCUGUAGGAGUUCGCACUUCAUUGCGCAUAAAGAUAUUUGCGACUCUACUAUCUGGCGAAGGCAGUCGAUACAUCCGAAACUCUGCUGUCAUAUUAUGCGUCUUAUUUAGCUUCUCUAUGUCCGUAUAUAUAAUGCUAGAGGGACGCUCACCGAUUGUUUCUAAGGAACUCACUUGAUCUGUUGAGCCUUACGGGCUCUCUCUCAAGCCCAACCAGCAGCCGCACAGCGGCGCAUGAUAUAGGCAGAAUGAUAUUACCUACAUAGACAAGGGAGACUGGCAUGGCAAUUUCUGGCUUAUUAGCCGUCGUCAGCCAGUCAUACCCAACCCUGAAGUGUGGAGCACCUGGGACUCCAACUCGCGACCUUUUAGUUGGAAUUUCAACGCCUCAUACCACUGAGUCAUGCACUCGUUGUCCUUUCGGAUUCGAUCUGGAAUAUACAAUGGUAGGGGGCGCUCACCGGUCGUUUCUAAGGAACUCACUCUGGCUGUCGAUGGCUAAUAAGUCAGAAAUGGCCAUUCCAGUCUCCCUUGUCUUUGUCGGUAAUACUAUAUAUGUGUGUGUGUGAAUCCCCUUUGUGUAAAAUCUUGGUUGUGUUCUGUUAGGGGCAGGUUGUGAAGGUUGGGCAAAAGGCAGGAAUACUUUUCAUUUCUUUGGAAAAAAACCACAGACUGGGGUAUCUUUGGAUUUCAUUUCAGCAUUACGACACAUACAAUCAAGACUCGGACGUAGCCGGGAGUCUCAGUAACCAGCGGGGUCGCCUAGAUUACGGAAACGCAUCUACUGGCGAAAUAACAGUAGAGACAACGAUCGAAAGCCGACAGGGCAACGGGCUCGUGGCUCAGUGGUUAGAGGCGUGGACUUCUGACAAACAGGUCGCGAGUUCGAGCCUCGGGUGUGUCACACUUCGGGGUUGGGUAUGACUGGUUGACGACGGCUAAUAAGCCAGAAAUGGCCAUUCCAGUCUCCCUUGUCUGUGUCGGUAAUGCCAUUCUGCCUUUAUCAUGCGCCGCUGUGCGACUGCUGGUUGGGCUCGAUAGAGAGUGCAUGAGGCACAACAGAACGAGCGAGCUCCGUAAAAACUAUCGGUGAGCGUCCCUAACAUGGUAGAGACUGAUUUAAACAUUGCAUUAUGACCGGUAUUAUACCAUAGGAACUGAAGGGUGCAAGGUGAUUGAACCCGCAAGAUACAAACCAUCAGUUUUACAAGCAGCCACACAGUGAUCCGAGUAGGCCAAUAAGGCCCUUGCUCCAGCGAUAGCUUCUUCUUAUCAGCUACUUCCUGGAACUCGCAUCCUGGCUUGUAUCGGCUAUUUAUUCGCCGUCCGUUCCUCUAAGAGGCCUGUGAGUAGUAAUGCCAACAAGAAGUAUAAAUCUCAACGUACAGCUCACGACACGUCUUUUGGCACGUUUAUAACAUCUUUUGGGCACCGUAGGUCCCCUUAGACCACAGGAGAAAACUCAUUCUCAUUCAUUUCGGUUUCAUCUGUUUUGUCUCUCUGCUAAGUCAACAGUCUGUGAAUAAGGAGUUAAUUUAACGCAAAAAAUUUCUUUAAAGACAGAGAAAUAUCAAAAAUUAGAAAAUAUGAGCCAUUUAUUAUACAGGCUAGUAUUUCCAAUUAAGCAGUUUUGAGCCUCAAUCUAUAUACAGCAAAACCCAAACGCAACCAACAGGACAAUGAUCAGUAGCUGAAUUGGUAAAGCGUUAGACUAAAUAACUAUAGAUCUCGAGUACUGGUUUCUGAAAUAUGACUUUUAGAUGUCUUUGCAGAUGUUGAAUAAUUCAUCUUGACCCCGUUGUGAAAACUCGGCUUCUCGGUGGUAUUCAAACCCAAGACAGCAAGGGUAAGGCCUUAGUACAGCUAACGCUCUAGCCACACGAGCCAAGAGGCCCCACAGGGAAAAGUGAGUUUUAUCCCAUUUGGGUUGUGUUCCCCGCUUAACAGAUGUCUGGAAUACACCAAAUCUGAUACGGUAAGCAGGAUGUCCUAAGUUGUACAUCUAGAAUUGAUCAGAUGACUUCCAGGCUUGCUUAACUAAUAGAUGUUUUGGUAGAUUUUGAAUAAUUCAUUUCGAACCAAUAUUCACUUGCCGAAACUGCUUAAAUUUCCCUCUCUUACAUAGGAAUUAGCUACUGGAAGAAAAAUCGGCGUCAUGGACAGGAUUACUGCUUCUCUACCAUGCUUAUUAACGAGUGCAGUCCAUCUAGAUAUGGGCACGUACAAAGCCCUUAUGAUGUUUCGUAUUAGUAAUCGUUCAUUUAAAAAAACUCACAGUGUUGCUCGCUCAUGCAUGUCUAAUUAGUUAUCCUAUUAAAAAAUUCAGUUUCCCAAACAGCAGCGGAGUACUCAAAGGCAAUAAAAAGACGGAUUGAACGAAGACCUGCUGGACCAUCAUUCAUUGAUAUCCGAAAAUUAACCCUGGCCUCCAUACAACCAAGUGGUGAGUUUAUAUUUUUUUAUUUAUCAUCUCCUGUCAUUAGCGGCGUGCCCGACAUUUUCGUGCCUAGCUGAGAACAUAGAAAGUCAGCAGAAUGCCUGCUUUCGGGUCGACAAACCAGCAAUGAUGUUUGACAGUCUUUGACGCCUUGCUAGACUGGUUGGAGAUGGCACAGACGGGCAAGUAAUCGCCGACCAUGUAAUCAGAUAAAGCAUUCGUUAAAUUGACACAAGAGGUCGUUUGAGCAGCUAAAAUGGCCUGUUCAUGUUUUUGCCUCUCAAAGGACGGCGACAUCACAACAGACUAUCCUGCAAACAGCCGUUCUGUCCAUGGUUGUUGCAGGGACUCACUCCGCUCCACAACAGGUCCUUCCAGAUAAUCAGAUUUCGCGAGGGUGCCUUUUAAACAUUAUGUUAUCUGUCUGCUCUAUCCUUAGAACGAAUGUUAUGACGCGUCAGCGAAUCCCUGAUUUUAUAGUGCAUACGUCUACCAUAACUUUAUGUCGGAAUAGAAAAUACACCACGCACUAUAUCUUGGCAAAUCCGGGUGUGGUCUUAGGGCUUGCGCGAGGAUGCACAGUAACUGUGGCUUAAAAGGGUUGUCAAGGGCAAGAAAACUUAUUACAUCCUCUAAUGCCGUCUUGUGCGCUAUGGACGGACUGCAUUGGGUGAGCCAUGAAUCUCUUUAGCCCCAAUAUAAAUACUACUAAAACGAAUACAGUAACAAGGUUAGUAGAGUUCAUUUGUCGGAGAAGCGCAGUGAUUCUGUGACCACCUGACACAUAGGGAAUGCCGGGUUUAGUAAUCACAACUUAACUAGUCUAACACGGAAAGGAGGCAAUAUUGACGAUGUGCGCAUACUACUGGUUGCCUAUCUGACUGACGAGCACCCUUUUUGCUCUCCAGUGGGGAUGACAGAAGAUCUUUUCAACAUGAUAAACAAAAACGGAGAGUACAUCCGAACAGUCCUGCUGCCGAGGUGCGAUGAGCACUUGGACUUGGUUAAGGAAUUGCAGGUAUGCAUAUUACAACCGUGUCUAUGCAUUUUGAGAGCUACGACUCCAGAUCUCUCUUUCAUGACUGGGCGGUGGCAGCCUGGGCAUGAUUUCUGCUCUCAACUUGUGCUACACUCUGCAUUCUGUGCCAAAAUAAUUUCAUUUAUUGCAUAAUACUAAUUCGAGUGGGGUAUAACGCAAAGGUUUUUCUUACACGACACCCUGGUGAAGUUUGCCUGUCGUAUGCAAUUUCACUAAGAUGAAAUUUACUCACAAUGAGUAGGAAAAGGUACCUUCAUAGGCAGUGAUUCCGAGAAAUUUGGCGGAAUUUCGACUAUAAUGGAAAAAUAAAUCGCGAAUGGCGGCAAUACAAGCAAAGCUGCAAGCAACAUAAAUGUUUGGUUCGGUGGACAAAGAAGCCAGUAGCAUAUCAAGGAUUAUUGAGACUAGGUUCCCUGAUAAUACUAAAAGAAUAAUAAUAAUAAUAAGAAGAAGAAGAUGAAGAAGAAGAAGAGGCGUUCACCGGUGGGGGAUUUAUUUGAGGUCCGACGUUUCGAGUAGUUGUUUCGUUUACCAAUCUUCAGAGACUGGGAAUCCAUGCGCACAGCUCUCCUUAUACGGAGCACUUUGUUUAAUGCGUGACCGGCCAAUGCCGCCUGUGUGGCUGCAUCCAACCCGCAUGUCACCGUGAACUGAACCGCCCCCGUCGGCCGCAGAGAUAGUUGACGGCCCCGAUCGUCCCGCGCCGUGACGGUCCCCCGUCGAGAAGGUUCGUAAGGACGGAUAGGGGAAGGCAAAUUGAUAUGGAGGUUGACAGAGCAGUCGGUGGACAUCCAGGCUUCUUGCACUUGCCUUGCCGUAUGAUCACCGUCCCGGCCCAAAAUCUCAACGGCCCCAAAGUUUAACAUGUAUCCUAUUUGUGCGACAUUGUUUGCUACCUCCGACUCUGCGUCCAACCUUCGCACGGCCGAUUUAUGCUCGUGCAUUCGCGUUUUCAGCCGUCGGCCUGUUUCCCUAACAUAGCUGCACCUUCCGCAGCUGCACUGAAGUCGGUAGACAACGGCCGACGUCUCCGGCUUGGGGAUGGGAUCUUUUGGCCGCAUCACUUGUCGGCGGAUUGCUGAGUCAGGCCCGUGGGCAACGCCUAUUCCGAGCGGCGCGAGGGAUCUAGCCACGGCUUCGGAGAUCCCUUUCACGUAUGGAAUGCUCCGCCACGAUUUUGGCUGACAGUUUUUUCAUUCCGCUUUCUUGGUUGCUUUCAGCCCCGUUCAACGAAUGUUCGCGGAAAGCCGUUUGCUCUGAAGACUUCUUGGAGGCGCAUUAUCUCGUUCAUUUUGGCGAUUGCGUGCUGCAAUGA